AAAAAACUAUCGCUAGUCGUUACUGCGCGCGGUUCAACAAUCUGUUGAGUGAGCGAUAUGUCGUGUGCAUUCCAUUUAAGUUGGAUGCCUAUACUUUGCAGACCGUGGGAAAGGCACAACUUCAGGUGAUUUUGUCCGAAACCGAGGAAAUGUGAAGGCCAUUAUCCGAAACGUGGCAACUACAGCGGAGCUCAUGAUAACUUUUGGCCCGGCCGCAGGAGGUGUCUCCGUGAGUUUUAAUGACCAACCCGGAGCACUGUAUAAACCGGCGUUAGAUGCACGCAUUUUUGGCGCCUACCGUUUACAACAUGGCGAUUUGGAGAAAGUCGGGUCGCUCUUGCGAUCGGUUGACGUCAGCGAAAUGUGGGACAACAUUAAUGCCACAAUUGCCAUUGAUCGGGAUUUGUUUGGUCGCUACCGUGAAUUUUCUAUGAGUUUGUACACAACAUCGCCAUUCGUCUAUCAAGAUAUCAACUCUCAAUACUGGCCGGACUCAGAUCAAGUGGCGCGAUCUGGAAUCAGACUGAUUAUUCGGCCAAAAGCAACCGCCCUCACCAGGCAGAAUUUGACCAUGGAAUUCGCAUAUAAUCAGACAACCGCGGCACUGUCACUGACUGCCAGUUUGGGCAAGGAGACCGCGCACAUGUCUUACUAUCGCGUACCUGCUACAAAUUACUAUGGAACAUUCGAAGAAGUUGAUCAACAACCACACGCUAAUCCGACUUAUUCGCUGAAAGACCUAGAAGUAUUUGACUGGAGAAAACCUGGCGAAACCGCCGAAUGCGGAUUUUGGCAGGCCCGUCGCCGGAUUCGCAUUUUUCCACAUUCCUCGGGCGGCUACGAUGUCUUCGAAGAGAGCUCAUGCGCAGCUGGCACGCUGUCGCUCAAUUUCCGCGGGACCACAGUCUUUCCAAACGAUAACGCCAACAAUGCCAGCUUACAACAAACAGUGACGUACACCGAAGAUUCUGGUCAGCUGGUAUUUCAACAAUCCAUAAGGAGUGAGAAUGUUCGAUUUCGUGACGAAUUUCGUGAUGGUGAGAUUCCUGGAACACGGUUGGUUUUCUCGCUAACACAUAUUAUGGAUCCAAACAUUCCAUUAAGUGUGAAUUAUAGUUACAUCCAUCUCGACCCCACGACUUACCCUCGACCGGCUCAGUUUCGCAGUGUGCGAUUUCGUCGCGUCCUCUCGCCUUUAGUUAAGGGUCAAUACAAAGUGGAUGAAAUACCCGGUUCCUUACGAACUCCUGCUGGGCAGCAUCUCCUAAUAACUGUUUCUGAUUUGGGUCACAAUCGAUAUCGCUGGAGGCUCAGAGAGAAUGGAAACACAACGGACGAAUGGUUAAUGAUGUUCAACGACGGAUGUUCUUCCGAAGAGUCGGAAGACCUGACAGAAAUGGAUCGAGCAAGCAACCCGGAUUAUUGGCAGUACAGUGAAAUCAACGGGAGGGUAGUGGCGAAAGCGUACAGAUAUGAGCAGCUCAUCAAGACAUUAAUUUUUUAUAAAGACGGUAUCACUUCGUAUAUACGCGGUGAAAUCUUUGCUUCGCUUUUAUUAGCAGUUCAGCAUCUGCCCAUUGUCUGCUUUGCAAACGAUAAAGGUUGA